AUGCUUUCUAGCCUGCUUCCAACCCCCACCUCGGCUCAGUGUUGGGCGGCCCUUCUACAUGAUCCUAUGACUCUUGAUAUGGACGCAGUCCUGUCAGACUUUGUUCGGUCCACAGGGGCAGAACCUGGUCUGGCCAGAGACCUGCUAGAAGGCAAGAACUGGGACCUGACGGCCGCUCUGAGUGACUAUGAGCAGCUCCGACAAGUGCACACAGCCAACCUGCCACCUGUGUUCAACGAGGGCAGGUGUCCCAAGCAGCCCGAGCGAGAGCCGCCACCUCCUGGGCACACGGCCGAGCGACCCUGCCUGCCUAGGCAGGAGGACAUUGCCCAAGAGAAGCGGCUCUCGCGAGGGAUUUCCCACGCCAGCUCAGCCAUUGUGUCCCUGGCACGGUCCCACGUGGCGAGUGAGUGCAGCAGCGAGCAGUUCCCACUGGAGAUGCCCAUCUACACGUUCCAGCUGCCAGACCUGAGCGUGUACAGUGAAGACUUUCGGAGCUUCGUGGAGCGGGACUUGAUUGAGCAGGCGACCAUGGUGGCUCUAGAGCAGGCGGGGCGCCUGAACUGGUGGUCCACCGUGUGCACGAGCUGUAAACGGCUUCUUCCUUUGGCCACAACAGGGGACGGCAACUGCCUUUUACACGCUGCCUCACUGGGAAUGUGGGGGUUUCACGACCGGGACCUGGUCUUGAGGAAAGCACUCUACACCAUGAUGAGGACAGGGGCAGAGCGGGAGGCCCUGAAGCGAAGGUGGAGGUGGCAGCAGACGCAGCAGAACAAGGAGUCAGGGCUGGUGUACACAGAGGAGGAGUGGGAGCGGGAGUGGACAGAGCUGCUGAAGCUGGCCUCCAGCGAGCCGCGCACACACUUCAGCAAGAAUGGUGGCACGGGUGGCGGUGUGGACAACGCCGAGGACCCUGUGUACGAGAGUCUGGAGGAGUUCCACGUCUUUGUCCUCGCCCACAUAUUAAGGAGACCCAUUGUCGUUGUAGCAGAUACGAUGCUAAGGGACUCAGGUGGAGAAGCGUUUGCUCCCAUCCCGUUCGGAGGGAUUUACCUGCCUUUGGAGGUGCCUCCCAACAGAUGCCACUGCUCACCUCUGGUUCUGGCCUACGACCAAGCGCAUUUUUCUGCCCUUGUGUCCAUGGAGCAGAGAGACCAGCAGAGAGAACAAGCCGUAAUCCCCCUGACGGAUUCGGAGCACAAGCUGCUGCCUCUGCACUUUGCUGUGGACCCCGGCAAGGACUGGGAAUGGGGGAAAGACGACAACGAUAACGCCAGGCUGGCACACCUGAUCCUGUCGCUGGAAGCCAAGCUAAACCUUCUGCAUAGCUAUAUGAAUGUGACGUGGAUCCGGAUCCCCUCGGAGACCCGGGCCCCUCUAGCACAGCCGGAGUCCCCAACCGCCUCGGCGGGGGAGGACGUGCAGUCCUUGGCCGAUUCACUCGAUUCAGACCGCGACUCGGUGUGCAGCAACUCCAACAGCAACAACGGCAAGAACGGCAAGGACAAGGAGAAGGAGAAACAGCGCAAGGACAAGGACAAGACACGAGCGGACUCUGUGGCCAACAAGCUAGGCAGCUUCAGCAAGACGCUGGGUAUCAAGCUGAAGAAAAACAUGGGCGGCCUGGGUGGCCUGGUGCACGGCAAGAUGAGCCGCGCCAACUCCGCCAAUGGCAAGCACGGAGACGCGCCCGAGCGCGGCAAGGAGAAGAAGGCCAAGUCGCGCAAGGGCAGCAAGGAGGAGUCCGGCGCCUCGGCUAGCACGUCUCCCUCGGAGAAGACCACGCCGUCGCCCACGGACAGGGCGGCCGGAGCGUCGCCGGCUGACAAGGGAAGUGGACCCCGCGGUGACGCCUGGAAGUACAGCACGGACGUGAAGCUGAGCCUCAACAUCCUACGCGCCGCCAUGCAGGGCGAGCGCAAGUUCAUCUUCGCCGGCCUGCUGCUCACCAGCCACCGCCACCAGUUUCACGAGGAGAUGAUCGGCUACUACCUGACCAGCGCGCAGGAGCGCUUCAGCGCCGAGCAGGAGCAGCGGCGCCGCGACGCCGCCGCCGCAGCCGCCUCCGUGGCCAAGCGACCGCCGCGCAGGCCGGAGGCGGAGGGCACGCCGGGCCCCGAGCGCGCAUCACCCGGCCCGCCGGCCGGGCCGCCCACGCAGUUGGUGCUCAAGCUCAAGGAGCGCCCGAGCCCCGGGCCGGCGGCAGGCACACGGGCGGCGCGGGCAGCAGCAGGCGGCGCGGCCUCUCCGGGCCCCGGAGGCGGGGGCGCGCGGCGCGUGGGCGCCAGCGGACCGGUUCCCGGCCGCAGUCCGCCUGCGCCGCCUGCGCGCCAGAGUGUUAUCCACGUGCAGACGGCGGGCGCGCGGGACGAGGCAUGCGCCCCAGCCGUGGGCGCGCUGCGGCCUUGCGCCACGUACCCGCAGCAGAACCGCUCGCUGUCGUCGCAGAGCUACAGCCCGGCGCGCGCCGCCGCCCUACGCACCGUCAACACGGUGGAGUCGCUGGCGCGCGCCGUCCCAGGGGCGCUGCCCGGCACGGCGGGGGCGGUGAGCGCGACCGAGCACAAGUCGCAGACCUACACCAACGGCUUCGGCGCGGCGCGCGAAGGCCUGGAGUUCGCCGACGCCGACGCACCGGCCGCGCGCUCGAACGGUGAGUGCGGCCGCGGCGGCCCGGGCGCGGGGCCAGCACAGCGACGCUGCCAGCGCGAGAACUGCGCGUUCUAUGGUCGCGCCGAGACCGAGCACUUCUGUUCGUGCUGCUACCGCGAGGAGCUGCGGCGGCGGCGCGAGGCGCGCGCGGCCCGGCCCUGAGCGCGCGCCCGCGGCCCCGCCGCCCAGGAUGGCUUCUCCACGCUGUCGGUGUCUCUUUCCGAGCCCUGGUCCACCGGAAGGCCGGAGAUCCUCUGUCCGUGCUGUGUACGUGUUUGGUCAAACGUUCCUAAUGGUGCCUGAACCUACACUGACGCCACUCAGGUAGUAGACGGAUAGGAAACAAGUCAUACUGUUGGAAGUGGGUGUGCUAGCUAGCAUCUGCCUCGUACCUGUGGAAACUCAAUAGCCAUUGCAAGAGUAUUUUUGUUCCUCAAUAAGAGAAAUAAAGAAAUUUGCAGCCCUUUGUUUUUAGAAGGGAGUGUUUUA